AUGCCCAGCCCGUGGCCCGCUCCCGCCCUCCUCUCCGCCGCGCGCCGCCUCGCCAUGGCCACGCCCAACCCGCCGACGUCCCGCUCCCGGUCAGCGUCGCUGGCGAAGCCCGCCGUGUGGCUGUACAAUGAAUCCGGCAUCGCCUCCGUCUACGACACGGGCCGCGACGCCUGCCUCGUCAUCCUGUCCCGCACCUGUCGCAUGUUUGCCUUUGGCGCCAUUGGUUUAUUCAUGAGCCUGACGCUGCUCGGCGACGUCGUCCUCGGCUUGGCCAUCACCCUCAUGGCCGACGGCUUGGGACGUCGCCGCGUCAUGUUUGCCGGGGAGUCCAUGCUGUCGCACAUCACUACCCCCAAGACCCGCGCCAACGUGCUCUCGUGGUACAUUACCUGCUCCAGCCUCGGGUCCGCCGUCGGCACCGAGCUGACCGGCCGGUUCGUCGACGUGCUCAAGGAGCGCGAGGGUUGGGAUAUCCUGCGCGCUUACCACGCCACGUUUCUCAUCUACAUCGCCAUGGGCGGGCUCAACGUGGUGUUGGCCCUGCUCAUGAGCAAGAAAUGCGAAAUCGAGCCAAAGGAACCCGAGCGAACCGAGACCCCGGACGAGUCUGCGCAGGGACUACUCGACGAAAGCGACCUAGACGACGACGAGAACCACGCGACGACGACGAGCCGACAGAACUCGAUUUCCGUGCAGCGCGAACCCGCACAGAAGCCCAAGGCGCGAUUCUCGCAAAUCUCGUCCUCCACGCGCUCGGCCAUGUAUAAGCUCUGGUUCCUGCUGGCGGUGGAUUCCCUAGCCGACGGCAUGGUCAACCAGACCCUCACCAACUACUUCCUGGAUCGCAAAUUCCACCUGACCAAGGCCGCCCUCGGCCACAUCAUGUCGGUCGCCAUGAUCCUCGCCACCGUGUCGACCGUCUUCGCCGGCCCGCUGUGCAACUAUCUCGGCCUCCUCAACACCAUGGUCUUCACCCACAUCCCCUCCUCCGCCGCCGUGCUAUUCUUCCCGGUCCCCAACGGACUCGUCAUGACCAUCAUCCUGCUAUACAUCCGCAUGGGCUUGAAUAACAUGGACCAGGCCCCGCGCGCCGCCUUCAUCGCCGCCAUCGUCAAGCCCGACGAGCGCACGGCCGUCAUGGGCAUCACGAGCACCAUCCGCACCCUCGCCAUGACGGUGGGGCCCUUGUUCACCGGCGCCCUCGCCGGAAACGAGAGGUUCUGGAUCGCCUUUGUCGUCGGCGGUGCCCUGCGCCUCGUGUACGACGUUGGUCUGUGGGCCAUGUUUGUUAAUAUGAAGCUUCACGUGCACGAGUCGAAUGAUCAGGAGAGGGAGAACUUGGGCGAGGGGAGGACGAAGAGGAGUUGGCCUUGA